ACGCAGAGCGCUGUGCGUGCACGGUCGCGUGCGCGUGUCCGCGGUGGUAGCGGGCAUGGCGGUGUGCGCUCGGCUCUGCGGCGUGGGCCCCGCGCGUGGGUGCCGCCGCCGCCAGCAGCGCCGCGGCCCGGCCGAGACGGCAGCGGCGGACAGUGAGGCGGACACGGACCCCGAGGAGGAACGUAUCGAGGCGGGGCCGGCGCGCUGCUCCCUGCUGGAGCUCCCGCCCGAGCUGCUGGUGGAGAUCUUCGCCUCGCUGCCCGGCACCGACCUGCCCAGCCUGGCGCAGGUCUGCAGCAGGUUCCGCCGCAUCUUGCACACCGACACUAUCUGGAGACGGCGCUGCCGCGAGGAGUAUGGCGUUUGUGAGAACCUGCGGAAGCUGGAGAUCACAGGCGUGUCUUGCCGGGACGUCUAUGCGAAGUGUAUAAACCCUCGUGUGAAGUCAGGACGCUUCAUGAAAAUUCUCCCCGAUUAUGAGCACAUGGAGUACAGAGAUGUGUACACCUGCCUGCUUCACCGAUACAGACACAUUUUGGGGCUGUGGCAGCCAGACAUCGGGCCAUAUGGAGGACUGCUGAACGUGGUGGUGGAUGGCCUGUUCAUCAUCGGCUGGAUGUACCUACCUCCUCAUGACCCCCACGUUGGCGACCCCAUGCGAUUCAAGCCCCUGUUUAGAAUCCACCUGAUGGAGAGGAAGUCAGCCACGGUGGAGUGUAUGUACGGCCACAAAGGGCCCCACAACGGCCACAUCCAGAUCGUGAAGAAAGAUGAGUUCUCCACCAAGUGCAACCAGACUGACCACCACAGGAUGUCCGGUGGGAGGCAGGAAGAAUUUCGGACCUGGCUGAGGGAGGAGUGGGGCCGCACGCUGGAAGACAUCUUCCACGAGCACAUGCAGGAGCUGAUUCUGAUGAAGUUCAUCUACACCAGUCAGUACGACAACUGCCUGACAUACCGCCGGAUCUACCUCCCGCCAAGCCACCCCGACGACCUCAUCAAGCCAGGCCUCUUUAAGGGCACCUAUGGCAGCCAUGGCCUGGAAAUCGUGAUGCUCAGCUUCCAUGGCUCACGUGCCAGGGGCACCAAGAUCACGGGUGACCCCAACAUCCCUGCGGGGCAGCAGACCGUGGAGAUCGAUCUGCAUCGCCGCAUCCAGCUGCCAGACGUGGAGAACCUCCGCAACUUCAACGAGCUCUCCAGGAUUGUCCUGGAGGUCCGAGAGCAGGUGCGGCAGGAGCAGCAGGAGGCCAGCGAGAACCCUGCUCCACCCCGGGAGCCUUCAGCCAAGGGCCCUGACGGGCCACCUGCCGAGGGCAGCAGAGAGCCUGGCAGUGGAGCUGAGGCAGCCGGGCAGUCGGCCUCAUCUGGUCAGGGGCAGCCGUUUGUGUUGCCCGUGGGUGUCAGCUCAAGGAAUGAGGACUAUCCCCGCACUUGCCGGCUCUGUUUCUACGGUACAGGCCUCAUCGCGGGCCAUGGCUUUACCAGUCCUGAGCGCACUCCCGGCGUCUUCGUCCUGUUUGAUGAGGACCGCUUUGGGUUCCUCUGGCUAGAACUAAAGUCCUUCAGCUUGUACAGCCGAGUCCAGGCGACCUUCCAGAAUGCUGAUGCCCCGUCGCCGCAGGCCUUUGACGAGAUGCUCAGGAACAUCCAGUCUCUCACCUCCUGACCUCUGCGUGGGUGGAGAGGCUGCACUGGGACCCGGGGUGGGGGAAGCAUGCACUUUGGAAAUGAACGCACACCUUCUCACUAGGG